UUCGAGUCAGGGCUGCUGCUGCUGUCCAUUUAUUAAAGACUCGGCUGACAAUGUCACUGCCCGGCUCAGCAAAUUUAUCAAUGUCACUAAAGUUGGUGAUAUCGUGGAGUGUGAAACAAAUGUAACUAACAUUACAACAGGACGGUGAUCAAUGAGGUCAGUGAUUUGAGGAAUGACAGAUAAAUGUGAGAUGUUCCAUUGUCAUUGACGAACCAGGGCAGAACUGCCGUGGGGAAUGGUCUGUCCCUGGGAGUGCUGUAAAACAGAGAUAUCGGGGUGUAGAUAUCGAAUUCCUUCAGAGUGUAAACACAGGUCGUCAGGACGGUGAAGAAGGUGUUCGCCACACUCGCAUUCAUCGGUCAGAGUAUCGGGCACUGGACUGUGACGGCACAUUACAGCUCUACCAGCCUCGGGGAAACUACUCUCGGAGCACGGAGUACAGUUAUAGUUGCCCUGGGAUCAGAGGGUGACAUUAAACUGGAGAGGGUGCAAAGUGAUUUAACAGGAGGCUGCAUUGGCCAGGACCUUUCUCACCAGAGUGUAUGUGACAUUAGAGAGGUGAGAAAAUAAUGGCAGUCAUAGAUACGGUCAACAGUGAAUCUGUUAUCUCCAGGGUUAUGGAGUUGGAAGCGAGAGAUUACAGAUAUAAUCUGAGAGAGGAAAGACUUAAAUGGGACCCUGAGGAUCAGGUUUUGUACACAGAAUGUGCUGUUUACAUGGAACAAACUACCCCAAGUGGUGGUAUAGGUGGGCACAGUUGCAAUAUCUCUUGGACUGUGGAAAGGGAAGUUUCACAGGGACAUGGGCCAAAUGCAGGCGACUGACAAUGGUUUUGUUUGGCCACUUGGUCAGCAUGGAUGUGUUGGGCUGAAGGGCCUGUUUCUGUGCUGCAUAACUCAGUGACUACGUCUGCUGCUGUGGCAGAGCGGGAGGGACAGUGUCAGUAGUGAGGAGGUUUGGGGGAUGUAGGCAGGAGAGUGAAUGGUUGAGGAUGUGGCAGAUGGAACAGAAUGUGGGGAAAUGUGCGAUCACCCAUUCCCAGGAACAAACUGUAAGAGUCAUUUCCACACAGGGAUGUUCAGAGGGACCUGGGCGUCCUUGUGAACAAAUCACUUGAGUUUACAGGCAGAUACAACAAGUAAUGAGAGGGCCUGUACUGUGCUGUACUAUUCUAUGUUCUAUUUAUAUGGGCGGCAGGGUUUGAGGGUCGGCACAACAUUGUGGGCCGAAGGGCCUGUACUGUGCUGUACUGUUCUAUGUUCUAUGUUCAAACAGUAUUUUGUCCUGUGAUCCAGGGGGAUUGUCCAAGAGGGUACAGAAGUCUCACUGGGAUUAUAUAGGGGCCCUGGUGAGAGCACACCUUAAGUAUCGUGUCCAGGUUUGGUCACACUUCCUCGGAAAGAUAUCCCUGCAAUAGAGGAAGUGCAGUGACUGUUCCCCACACUGACUGGGUUGGUUCCGGGGAUGGAAGGUUGGUUAUGUGAGAGGAGAGUGAGUGGGCUGGGUCUGUAUUCCCUGCUGUUCAUGAGAAAACGAGGAAAUCUGUUACAUUCUUUCAGGAUAUGACAGGCAAUAGGCAAGGAGGAUCUUUCCCCUGAAUGAGAACUCCAUAACUGAGGAAAAUACCCUCAGAAUGAGGCGUAAAUCACAAACACGAGAGAAUCUGCUGAUGCUGGAAAUCCAACGCAACACACACAAAAUGCUGGAGGAACUCAGCAGGACAGGCAGCCUCUAUGAAAAAGAGUUAACAGUCGACACUUCAGGCCGAGACCCUUCAUCAGAUCUCAGGGUGAAGAUUCUCAGCCUGAAGCAUCGACUCGUUACUCUUUCCCAUAGAUGCUGCCUGGCCUGCUGACUUCCUCCAGCAUUUUGUGUCUGUUGCUCAGAAUGAGGUGACAAGCAUUCAGGAUGGAAAUGAGAUGAUAUUUCUUUAAUCAGAGAACAAAGAACUUCUGCAUUCCUUAUAUAAGUAAUGUGGAGCCUCAGUUGCUGGGUUGAGUCAAAACUGAGAUCAACAGUCUCUGGGAGAGAUUUAGUCACUAAGUGAGUCCACAAGACCAUAAGGUACAGGAGCAGAAUUCGACCAUUUUGCCUGUCGAGCCUUCUCUGGCAUUUCAUCAUCACUGAUCAAUUUUUCCUCUGAGCCGCAGUCUCCUGCCUUCCCUUGUAUCCCUUUGUGCCCUGACCAAUUAAGAAUCUAUCAAUCUCUGCCUAUACCCAGUGAUUUGGCCUCCACAGCUGCCUGUAGCAAAAAAAUUCACAGAUUCAGCACUCUCUGGCUGAAGAAAUUCCUCCUCAUUUCCAUUCUAAAAGGAUGCCCCUCCAUUUUGAAGCUGUGUGGUCCAGUUUUAGACACUCCCACCACAGGAAAAAUCCUCUCCAUAUCCACCUACUCAAGCCCUUAACUAUUUGAUAGGUUUGAAUUCAGUAACCCUUCUUUCUUCGAAGUUCCAGUGAAUAGAGGCCCAGAGCCGUGAAACUCUCUUCAGUAGACAAGCAAUUUAAUCCCCGCACCCCGGCCUGUCUCUGCCCUUCAGUACUUCCUCCCGCAUCAAACGACAGCGGUAAACCCCGCCCAUUGGCGCCGCUUCCCAUCCCCCAGCGUUCCGAUUGGUGACUCAUUUCUCCAAACAGCCAAUGGAAAUGCUCAGAAUUCCCAUCCUCAUUAACAUACCGCUUUGGGCGCUGCCUAUUUAAUCCGCGCUCCGAGCAGCUUCUGCUCAUUAUUGUGUUUGAAACCGACGAGGAAAUGCCGGAUCCAGCGAAACCCGCUCCCAAGAAGGGCGCCAAGAAAGCUUUGUCCAAACCAGCGAGCAAGACUGGCAAGAAGCGCAAGAGGUCGAGGAAGGAGACUUACGCCAUCUACAUCUACAAAGUGAUGAAGCAGGUUCACCCCGACACCGGCAUCUCCUCCAAGGCCAUGAGCAUCAUGAAUUCAUUCGUCAACGAUAUUUUCGAGCGCAUCGCGGGUGAGGCUUCCCGCCUGGCCCAUUACAACAAGCGGUCCACCAUCAGCUCCCGGGAGAUCCAGACCGCCGUGCGCCUGCUGCUGCCCGGGGAGCUGGCCAAGCACGCCGUGUCCGAAGGGACAAAGGCGGUGACCAAGUACACCAGCUCCAAGUGAAGACAAGUUUACUGACAAAACAAACCGGAAAAUCAAAGGCUCUUUUAAGAGCCACUCACGGUUUCAUUAAAAGAGCUACAGGAUGUUGAGACAUGGAAUUCGGGUAAAUUUGGAA